AUGGGCCUCCCCAAAGAGAAUGAGCAGUGGCUGUCAUCACAAGAUGGCUUGGAAAACCUGAGCAGGACAACAAACCCUGUCCCAAAGCCUGGCAAGGAUGAAGUGCUCGUGGAGAUACACACUGUCUCCCUCAACUAUCGCGACACAGAAGUGGCCAUGGGUCUCUACAACCACCACAAGUCUGUCGACGCAACAUCUCUGCUCGUUCCGUGCUCCGAUAUGUGCGGCAUUGUGGUCGCUGUCGGCGAAGGCACUCAUCCUAGCCCGUGGUCUAUCGGCGACCGGGUUCUAUCUACCUUCACCCAGACGCAUCUCACAGGACAGAUCACUGCCAAAGACAUGACUUCGGGACUUGGUUUACCUCUGGAGGGAGUCCUGCAAACGUAUCGUGUAUUCCCAACAACUGGUCUCGUAAAAGCCCCAUCGUACCUUAACGAUGAAGAAGCCUCCACAUUACCUAUUGCUGCUGUCACGGCCUGGAUGUCUAUCAACGGCAUGAGGCCCAUAGGCCACCCAGGCGGCAAAGAUGAGACAGUUUUGCUUCAAGGAACUGGCGGUGUUUCGGUCAGUGGUCUGCAAAUUGCACACGCUGCAGGUGCAAAGACCAUCAUCACGUCGUCCUCGGAUGUGAAACUCGAACGCGCCAAAUCACUCGGAGCAACUCACACCAUCAACUAUAAGACUGAUCCCGAAUGGCAGGACACAGUCAUGCAACUCACCCACAACCAUGGUGUUGACAUCAUCCUUGAAGCAGGAGGUGCGCAAACAUUACGCAAAUCGUUCAACUGUAUAGCGUUCGGCGGUCUGAUCAACGCCAUUGGCUAUCUGUCCGGCAAAGAGGACGACCCAGGUGACCGAUUGAACGCCAACGUCCUCGCAUUGAGACGGAAUGUUACCUUUAAGGGGAUUCUGAAUGGACCCAAGGACCGGUUCGAGGAGAUGCUGCAGUUCUACGACCAACACAAGAUCAAACCUAUCGUUGACAGAGUAUUCCCGUUCGACCAAGCGAAGGAAGCUUUCAGGUACCUGUAUGGCGGCGGCCAUUUCGGCAAGGUAGUUAUCAAAGUCAAGCAGUGA